CGGGGCGGAAGAACCUUCUCCGGCCAGUGCCGGCGGCGUCGCGCGUCGGGACAAGAUGGCGGCGUCCUACAGAUGGCUGGGCCUGGUCUUGGCGCUGUGUGCCGUGGCGGCCGCGGCCUCCGGAGCCGAAGAGCCGAAGGAAAAGUCCCCUGAGCAGGCGAAGAAGGAGAAGAAGAAGAAAAAGGACAUUCGGGACUACAACGACGCCGACAUGGCGCGGCUGCUGGAGCAGUGGGAGGUAUGUCCGUGAGGGAAAAGGGGGCGCAGCGGGGACCCCAAAAUGGGGGUGAGGGUCGGGGGAGGGGGUCCCCACCGUCUUCCUCGUCUAGUUCCUUGGCAAGGAACUGGGGCUGGAGUGCAGGUUCGUUGCGCUCGCCAAGGGUUGUAUCCAACCACAGUCCAACCCCCCCCCCCCGAAAACUGACAGAAAUUAGAAUUAGAAGAAUUAGAAGGGACCCUGAGGAUCAUCUAGUCCAACCCCUGCAAUGCAGGGAUUGGCAGGUAUCCCAUUCAGGGAUCGAACCUGCAACUUUAGCGUUAUCAGCAGUAUUAUUGUUAUUGUUACUUAUUUAUUUAUUUGUGCCCCGCCUAUUUGACAGGGUUUCCCCAGCCACUCUGGGCUGCUUUCAACAUAUAUGUGUGUGUGUGUAUAUAUAUAUAUAUAUAUAUAUGUAUAUAUGUAACUCUAUAUGUAUGUAUAUACACACACACAUAAUAUAACAUUACACAUGAAGAAGCUUCCCUAUACAUGCUCUAGUCUAACCAACUGAGCUAUCCAGGCUUAAGUUAUUUUUAUUUAUUCAUUUAGCAGGGUAUAAAUAUUCUCAACUGCUUUUUUUAAAAUGUAAAACAAAAACAUUUCCCAUUGUUUUUAAAGAGGACAGAUUAAAACAAGACAUUUAAAAGCAUUCGAGAGAUGAUUAAAAUCAGCAGUAGCAGAAAGAAUGUGUGACUUGUGUGUGCCCGGUCCAUUAAUUUCAGUGGGUGUGCUCCGAGUAGGGCAUGGGCACAGGCCGAGGAGGAACAGGGGGAGAGAGGUUGGUUUGAAGGGGGUGAGGUUCGAGCCUAGAACUAGUUUAAUUGAAUGUGGGGGUGGUGAGGAAAUAGUCCUGAAGGAGAGGCUGCCUCUGAGCAUGUGUGGAGUGUAUUGGUCUUCAUUAGGGAAGAGUAGGGUUGGCAACCGCACUGUGAUCCUAUAAGAAAACCAGGUACAGUAUUAUGGAAGUCAGAACACUUCCAGUACUUUUCCUGGGGUGUACUGUCCUUGCAAUGCGUGAAACUUAAGUUGCAGUUUUCAGGUUCAUAAAAGUAACAUUAAGUUCAGUAGCUCGAACUGUUUCAGUUUUGUUUUAUGUUAUACAUAUGUUUGUUUGUUUUAUGAUAUAUGUAUAUGUGUGUGUUAUAUAGAGAGCGCAAGAGUGCGCCUGGAUAGUUUAGUUGGAGCAUGGUGCUGAUAACGCCAAGGUUGCAGGUUCGAUCCCCGCAUGGGACAGCUGCCUAUUCCUACAUUGCAGGGGGUUGGACUAGAUGAUCCUCAGGGUCCCUUCCAACUCUACAAUGCUAUGAUUCGUAUAUGCAUGCAGCUUUGAGCAGAGUAUGGGUUUUAAAGUUUAAAUUAGGAGCUGUUCUCUGAAAUAAGGAACAGGAAGCAGGCCUACUGAAGAGUUUAAAGGAUUGUAAGCAGACCUCGAUAGUAAUUAGCACCCCCUUUGCUUUUGUAGUGACAACCACCAGUGCAUUUUGUAUAGCAAAAUAAAGCAGCAGUUUCGUAUGAUUUGGCUCUGCAUUUUGCAUUAAGGCUUUUGGACACUUUUCAGGGGUAGCCCAAGAUAGGCUGCAUUGCAGCAGCCCAAUUUCUUUAGUAACCAAUGCACAUGUGAUUAGCGGGUUAACCUUUUCCCAGGUUAACUCUGCCCCCACCUGUCUAAAUGCAAAGCUGGAUCCAAGAGUAGUCUGAAACUGCUUAUGAGUUUCAUGUAGGUAGAAUACCUAUUUUUAAAAUCAGUUUUCUCAUUAGCGCUCCCUUGUCUGAAUUAAUAUUUCAUUUUGCUUCCCACAUCCAGACCCUCUGUGAUCUCUGGUGCUGUUAACUAGCUUGUUGAGUGAGCUGCUUGGCACAUAAAGUAAUGCCAUGCACUCAUCCAGAGUGCUAAAUUGAAAACCAGAUUUCUAUUUCUGAAACAGAAAAAAGUUGUGUUCUAUUAUUUCAGCAAGUAGAAAGCUGCAUUAGACAAACGGUUUCUACAUAUGCAUACAAAGUGUGCAUGGUCUUCUAAACCUGAGAUCUUUCAAUAAACCUAAUUUUUCUAAGACAUACCUUGUUGCAUCAGGAUACGACAGCCCAUUCCAAUGCAUUCUUAAGUGUUCCUGUAUUUUGUUUCCAACACAGAAAGAUGAUGAUAUAGAAGAAGGAGAUCUUCCUGAGCACAAGCGUCCAUCUGCACCAAUAGACUUCUCCCAGCUUGACCCGGGCAAGCCUGAGAGUAUCUUGAAGAUGACCAAGAAAGGGAAGACUCUUAUGAUGUUUGUCACUGUGUCAGGAGAACCUACAGAAAAAGAGACAGAGCAAAUUACUAAUCUGUGGCAGGGAAGUCUUUUCAAUGCCAACUAUGACGUACAAAGGUAAGAUUUUUGUCUUGGAGUUGCACACCUGCCCUCACUUGCCUGGUCUAAUUUUCAUUUUGUAUGGGCUGUGUUUAUAUGUAUGACCACCUAAAUUACUGCAUGUUUUAAAUUUAUACCUUCUUUCCUGUAUUUUGAUCUGUAUUAAUGAUAUGAAAAAUUGUUUAAAAGUUUUCAAAAGAAUGGCAUGCUCAGUUAGGAAGAUGGAUAAAGUUAUCAUAAUUAAUAGCUUUAUUUUGUCUUCUUCCUUUCAUGUAACCUUCCCCCUCCUGAGACAGAGGCGCAGUGCUUAUUCUUGCUGAGUGCAGUCUAAAGCAGUGUGGAAUUUUAUUAAAAAUUAGUAAAAAAAAAUUCUAGCAAUUUUCAUUUGGUAAAAAUAAACUGUUGAAAUAGUCUCAUAUUUUCCUAUAUGAGGAAGGAAAUAAUCUAGACCCCAUUAUGGCUGCAAUCUAAUAUAAACCUACCUUAUAAGUCCCAUUGAACAUAGUAGGACUUAACUGUCGUAGAAACACACUUGGAUUAGUUUGGAAAAGCGUAGUCGACUUUAAAACCUGUUACAAUUUGCCAGUGGGCUGUGAAAAUGGAUGUUUGUGGCUAUUUAUAGGUAGUAUUCUUCUCACACUGUUUGUCCCUUUGGAUACAAAUAUGUCUGUGUGUGUCCCCUCCCCCCCGCCCCCGAUUGGAAUUUGAAGAAACGAUGUAAGAAAAGCCACCCUGUUCAAAGCCCUAUCUAGUCCAAAUACCUAUUUCCCUCAGUGGCCAACCAUAUGCCUGUAUGAAGCCAGCAAGCAGGACACGAACCCAACCAUACUCUGCUGCUGUUCCCCAGCAGCUGAUAUUCAGAGAUACUACUUCCAGUAUAAGAGGGAGAAAUGUAUCCAUUGUGACUGGUUGCUAUCUGUAGUCUUAGCUGCCAUGAAUUUUGUCUAAUCCCCUUUUAAAACUGUCCAAAUUGGCGGCCCCCACCACAUCUGGCAGCCGUGAUUUCUGCUGUUCAAUUACGCACUGUGUGAAGAAGUGCUCCGUUUUGCCUGUCCUGAAUUUUCCACCAUUCUAUGGGAGGAAUUGUUGUGGAACUGAGCAGCUCUUUAUUAUGUUGUUUUCAGCUCCUCCCAAGAAAGCCAUGGAGCCAAAUAUCUGCACCUGAUAGGUGUAACUCAUAAAAAAUAUGCUUGAGAGAAGUAGGAGGGAUUACUGUACGUGACUUCACUUGUAUCCUACCCAGCUAUCCAGCUUUGACAACAUGGAGCUAUUUAAGUGUACUACAAGGAUAAAUUCCUGUGAAAUCUUAAUAUAUAAGCCAACAUUUUAACAUUAGCAUACAUAGAGGCUUUUUUUUAACCCCUAAGCAUUUGUUAGCCAGAUAUUUUGCAUUUUUCCAUUACAUCUAAAAUAAGCUGAGACCCAUCUAUUCUAGGAGGGAUGUGAGAUCCUUUUUCAAUCCAGUGACCGCAUUCCCUUUUGGGCAACAUCCAGAGUGCACAUGCUGAUCGUGGGCUGGGCCAGAGGCAAAAAGAGGCAGAGAAACAAAUGCAAACUUUACCUUUCUACAGUAAGAUAGUUUCUGCACGUACCCUAUGGCAAAGGGCCAUAUCACAGUUCAGGGACAGAUUCUCUUGCUAGGCAGCAACAUUCAGUGUGCAAAGCAGGGCCAGUGCGGGAUGAAAAGGGUUCCAAGGGCCAGAUAGGGAGGCUUGGAGGGCCACAUUCAACCUUGUGCCUGACGUUCCCCAUCCUUUGCUGCAUCUGUGUGUCUCCCCUCUACCAUAAAUUUGAAUAAGAAAUGCAAUAGCCUGUAUUUUCACAAGGUAGUAAAUUAUAAUAUUCUUACUUAUGAAGGUAAUGAAACAUGCAGUGCAAGUUUUGUUUUCCCCCCCAUUCUGAGACAAACACCUCUUGCUUUUAAGAAAUGCAACACGCCACUUAAUCCUUGGGGUUAUUUAUCGUUCCUUUUUUUGCAAGGGGUGGGGCGGAGGCUCUUCGCUACCUGAAACAUAAAUUUUCAAUACUUCAAAGGCCAGGCACUAAUUGAAUGCCCUUUUAAAACCUAGGUUUAUCGUCGGUUCAAAUCGUGCCAUCUUUAUGCUGCGGGACGGAGGCUAUGCGUGGGAGAUCAAAGACUUUCUGAUAAAACAGGAGAGGUGUGCGGACGUAACACUGGAAGGUCAGGUGUACCCUGGUAAAGGAGCCAAGGAAAGCGAAAAAGGGAAAAAUGAGACCAAGCCCGAAAAAUCCAAAAAGAAAAAAGAUACUGAAAAAAAACAUGGACCCCUCAAAGAUGACAACCGUGCAACCAAACCAAAAGAGGAGCUCUGAUAAGUUAAUUUGACUGUAGAGGAGGAUUGGUGGGAAGUUUAGGAAGGAGAAAAUAGGGUGGCCUUUCUGGGUUUCAAAUCAAGGGACCAGUUUACUUAUUAAUGAGAGGCAUUUGUUCAGUAACAGCAACGUUAAUGCUUAACAUCAGUGGAUUGCUUCUUUUAGAUCUGGAGUUGGUAUAUUGUGCCUUGUCUACUUUCAAGCAGUUGGUUUUUUUCAAACAGUUGUCUGUUUAAAAGUUUAAAACAAGCACCUGUGUGUUUACCUUCAGUAUUACGAACAUUCCUCAAAGGAUGAGAGGGGAAGAGCUGUUGCAGUUGGAAUUCUGCCAUCCGCUAUUUUGGAGGAGUCAACAAGGUGAACGUUUCGUUGGCGAUAAGAAACAAGACUUAACUUUCUAGGAGUUUCUACCUUUGCAAUAUUUUCAUUAAUGAAAAUAAAUGAUACCCCUUCUUGAAAGUGGCAGUCUCAGAGUGUCAGCUGUGGUGCCAAAGCAGAUUCUGGAAAGCACAGGUUUGAUGCAUGCAAUGAGUGUUUUUAUGUAAGUUGGUUUCACUGCUGAUCGUCAAAUGCCCAGCUGAAGUGGGAAUAAACUCGUCUAUUGAAUUAACAGAUUUAGGGUUUCCAUAGACUAAUGGUGGGCCAGUUCACUUACUCCAACCUUCCUCAACCUGGUGCCCGCCAGAUGUUUUGGGCCACAACUCUCAUCACUUUCAGAGCAUUGGGCGUGCUGGCUAUGGCUGUUGGAAGUUGUAGUUUAGAACAUCUGGCAGUAGCCAUGUGAUAAAAGACUGAGCCAAUCCAGUAAGAGGAAUGUAACAAGAAUAGCAAAUGUAUCAAGAUGCAAUUAACCCUGACAGUAAUUGAAGAGCUUAAUUCCAAAAGGUGCUUAAGUCAAUUUUGACCAGUAUUCCAUUUGAAAGAAUUUUUUUUCUGACUACAGUGGUAUCUUGGCUGUCAAACUUAAUCUGUUGCAGGAGUCCGUUCGACUCCCAAAAUGGUUCAAAAACCAAGGUGCAGCUUCUGAUUGGUUGCAGGAGCUUCCUUCACUCAAUCGGAAGCCACGUCGGACGUUUGGCUUACGAAAAAUGUUUACAAACUGGAACACUCACUUCCGGGUUUGCAGCAUUCAGGAGCCAAAUUUUUUGGGAGCCAAACCGUUCAAGUAUAAAGGUACCACUGUACAGUCUUUUUGAAUGCCAACACAAUUUUCAAGGCUUUUAUACAAUUUUAUACAAGUUCUUUCCCCCCCCCCCCGCCCCUAAUUUGUAGCACUCAUGGCAAACAUCUACAGGCCAAAAUUGGAUUUUUUUUGUCAAAAUUGACUUAUGCCCCUUUUGGAGUUAAGCUAUUCAAUUGCAAUUGGGCUCAAGGCAUUCCAGAAUUGCAGUGACUAUAAACUGGGGGCUUACUCUGUUUAAACACAGAGGUUGUGCUGGUUUCCUUCUUAAUGUUAAUUUGAAAGAAUACUGCCUUGGUGCAUAAGUUUAUUUCAAAUCUGUGGACACCAUAUUAGAUCAUACCACGUUUGAUCUUUUUGAAUAUAGCUUGUAUUUCUCUGGUGCCAAAAAUACUUCCAAUACUCUGGGUGCCCUAAUUUGUUCAUUCAUAUAUAAAGUUGGUAGAUAAUUGGGAAAAUAUUGCUGUCACCAUGAACACUCCCUCCGAAAUGUCAAUAAAUUUGUACCUUUUUCAGAACAAAUUUCUGUUUGGACACGUGGAAUCCUGUGUCUGGACACAGCUGUCUUGUGAUGUCUGUAUCUGCUCAGAGUGGCCACUAGGUGGCACCAUUAAGUGCCAAAUUCAGAUGUUGAGAAGCCUUCAGUGGCUUCUAUCCUCUUUUGAUUCUUGGACCAUUUAUAUAUGAAUACCAUUGAUAAAAGCGCUCUCCUGGUCUAAUUCAAGGUUCUGAAGGAGAUGAGAGGUUAAGCGUUAAUGAAUAGCUGAGUACUGUGUUUGUCCUGAGACUUAUGUUUCCCCCCCCCCCCCCCGGUUUUAUUUUCAUUUUUACUUGAUUUUUAGGGAUUUUGCUUUGAAAGGGCUCUCCUGCGUUCCAUUCUGCUGUUACAAAAGAACAGGGAAAUGUUGAGAAAUAGAAUCACAGAGGUGGAAGGGACCACAAGGGUCAUCUAGUCCAACCCCCUGCAAUGCAGGAAUCUUUUGCCCAAUGACCCAGAAAUUAAGAGUCUCAUGCUCUACCAACUAAGCUAAAUGUAGAUGUGUUUUUUGUUGUUCAGAGGCGCUUAAAACUCACAUUCAAGAUGUGCUUUUAAAAAGCUGCCAGUUUCCGAAUAUGCUGCCUGCUGAAUUUGUCUGGUGUAUGCCUGAUGAAAAGCUGGCUGGUCACCUGUGCUAAGUAAACAUUUCUUCCUGGUAACUAGGUGGCAGCUUUUUUUAGGACACAAACAAAAGGCAUAAGCAUAGGUGGCAGCUUAGCAGGCUUCAAAAUGCCCUGCAGGACAGUAAGAAAAUGCAGGGUAUGAAACAACCAAAUUCACAUACUUUAUAUCCCUCUGAUUUUAGUGGAGGGGAACACUUUUGUGUUGGAGUCAUUGGGCCUUGAAGAUCACUAAUCACCUGGUUGCCUUUGGCUGGGAAGCGUUUGAGCUGAGCAGCAGUUGCUUUUGUGUGUGUCUCUUUCAAGCCAUCAUUGUGUCCAAAAUGACUAACCAGGUUAGAUGUGGGCAUUCAGGCUAGCAAUUCUUGAUGAUUUUUUUUUUUAAUGAUUUUUUUGCAAGGCUUAAUCAUUAGCUGUAUCAUGCCUUGGUCUUCUGGUUCUGCCAAGGUCGUGUGACCACUCUGUACACAAAUGCAGUUGUGGCAAUUUAUUUUUAUGCAGAUUUCAGUUCCGUGAAGCUAGCAUCCCGAUUCUCCGGUUUGAAAGUUAUAGAAGAGUAGCUCUGCAAGAUGAAUUAUUCAGAAUUGAUUUUGUCAGUUUCUUUGACUAUUUAAGGGCAAUCAGGUGUGUUUUAAUUUGUUAGACAUUUUCUAAUUAUGGGGCCUAUAACUCCAACAUCAUCUUUGCAUGUGCAGACUCCCCAGUUCAAGUGGAGGGAGGCAGGGGAAAGAGAGCGGAGUUAACACAACUGAGAAGACAUCUGCCUGAAACUUUAGAGACCCAUUAGUAGUUGGAAUAGAGAAAACUAUUACUUUGACCAACUAGUGGCCUGACUUGGUAUAAGGCAGCUUUCAUACACAGGUAAGUAGAUGAGCAGCCAGAGUGAAACUAUUUUUCUCAUCUUGAUUAAUGCCAUUGUUGUGAAACCUACAGCCAUUUCAAGGACAAAGCAUCCUUUGACAGAGAAUCUGUUCUUCCUUUCAUCUCUUUGGUUGGCAUAUGGCCAGUGACAUCCACUCUUGUCAGCACUGCGGCGAAGAGACAGAGGUAAUUCUGUUCUUUGUAGCAGAUUUGGUGAGUGACAGGUGGGACUUAAAGUGCAACUCAUUCAAGUAACGGUGAGAUUGUAGGAACAGGAAAAACAAAAUGAGUACCAUAAAUCAGAACAGUUUCUGUACACAGAACACUAUUAAUGUAGGGGUUUACAUAAAUACAGGAAAAAAAUGUACCUUUUUUUCUAAUUAGCUGCUAUGUAUCUCCCGAAUGCUUUUGUAAAUCCCAUGUCUCUGACAGUGGCCCUACGUCAUGUGGCAAACGUGUUUUUAAUCUGAAUAUUUAGAAGAAGCUGGAUUUUUUUGUUGGGUUUUUUCAAUUUUUUUUAUUGAUUUUCCAAAAUUUUGAAACAAACAAACAUAGAUCUUAGUUAUACUUAAUCCAAUCUUAGUAACAUUGUUACUUGACUUCCUCAAAUCCCCCUAGCUGAGUUUCAGUGUAUAUCAUUGUAACAGUUUUCCAAAACUAAUUUUCUCAUAAAAUUAACUUAAUCAGUUAACAUCUUUCUUUCUUUUCAUUUUAACUUUAAACAUAUUAUUCUGGAUGUCGCAUGACAGAAGUCUGUUUGUUUACAUGUUAAAAGUAAAACAAAUUCCACAGGAGGCAUACAAGCUCUAGAGUGAGCUUGAAGUAGUUCUAGAACCCAGAUAGAAAAUAUUUGUAGUGUGCUUGAAGUGGACACCAUCUUGUGGUUUUUGAUCGCAUGAUACACUUGGUAUUUAGCUGUGUGGAAAUGAAUCCAAAGGUGCAGGCUUAUAAUAGCGAAACUUUAAUAAAGUUUUAAAGCAAUAAGGGCUUAAAUGGCAUGAAGUUAGAGAGGUCAAGAAUAACCAUAAGCUUCCUACCCUAACUGGGUUAUGAUGGCUGCCUUCCCAGGAACCACCUCCACCCAUGGGCUACAAAUCUAAACAUGCUUACUAGGAGACAGACGCCACUGAACACAGUGGAACUUCCUUCUGAGUAAACACGCAAUGUUAGUUGCAGAAAAUAAGGCGCCUCAAGAUUUUAUUAAAGCUUUUUCGUAAUACAAUGAUAAAAGAAACUAAAAACAGGAAGAGAAAGAAGAGAAAAAUGCAGUCUCCUCUCUCAAAGUCGUCUCUUAACCCUCGUCUCACACUGAAAGUGGUGGACCCUGCCAGUUCUCACCUGGGAAUUUUCUUCUCAGUUUCUCACUCUGGAAAGUCUUCCUUUCCCUGCCUCUUACAUAGGGUUCUUCCACCAGCUUCGUGUGCGUGUAAUCCUUGGAUAAUGGCCCAGAACAGAGGACCCCAAAUAAAAAGAGAGAGAAGGGAAGGGAGAAGGGAAAAAAGAACUUCCAACUUUCUGACAGUCAGUUACAUAAAAGAAGUUAUUCAAAACGUUCACUAGGGUGACAGCCAACUAACAGUUCCACUUUUCCCAAUCUUCAGAUCCAAAUGUCUCAAAUAAGCCUCCUCAAAGGGAUGGGGGCAGGAGGGAGAGAGGCAAUAUUGGGUUGUUCUUACUAUGUUUAUGUAAAUACAGAAGAAAUAAGAAAUUAGCUGCAUUUUUAAAGUAUCACCAGCUAGCUUGACUAUUUGAGGCGUUAAAACCCCUUGGAAGUGGCCUGUUUUAUUUAGGUGUGCCCUUCUCUUCAUGUAUGCAAGUCAGGUGGAUCCCAUGAGAGCUUUUCUUUGCUUAAGCAAACUUCCUCUUGCCUUAUGAGUGCCUGGAGCUUUGGCAGGAUGUUUCUGCAGCUGCCGCUUGCAUCUUUGAGAGAUCACGUGUUCAUUUUUCAAGUUUACCUUUGUCUUUGGGUUUCCCAAGUUUCUGCUUGCCAUUUAAAAUAAUUUCCUUGCAUUUACAGCAGCAAGGAUUCUGUCUGGAGUUAAAUCUUUUAAGUCUAUGAGACAUAGGUGGUGGAUAUGCUCUGUUAUCAGCAGUGAACCACUAGAGGGUGGUCGAGCAUAAGGAAAUGUCACAGUAAAUUUCUGCUGUUAAAGUCCAAAUCUGAUUGUAUUUGCUUGCUUUCCCUUCCAGAAUGGCCACCCAGCAGGUUUUCAAGUGCCUUGGCCAGGUUUUCAAAAUGUUUGAUUUCUUUAGACUUGCAAGCUGUGAGUUUUGUGCGCUUCAUCUCUGUUCUAAACUUAAAAUAUCAGUGGUGAUUUUAAGUGUGUGAAUUAGAGUUGUACAAAGGAGCAGUGACUGAGUAAAAACCCCAGGCAGGGCUGCCAUUUUAAAUAGAGCAACAGUUUGGACAGGUUUUCUGCCCUUAGUAUUUCAGUGACUUGGGACCAAACUGCAGGAUUGUUUACAUUUCUGCUCUAUGAGGGCACAUUGGUGAAUAUGCACCAAUUUGUUGUAAGGAACCAAUCACCCUUCCCUUUGUCUGAAAUUGGUGCCUUCACUAUCCAGACAUGAAAAAACCAGAGUUAGCUUACAACACCUCUGUGCAUGGGAAUCUUGUGGCUGUGAACAAUAUAAAAUAAUUCAAACGGUACAGGUUAGGGAAGGGCGAAUCUUGUCAACUUCAGUUUCUCUGUUUUUAUUUUUAGUAUUCUUUCUCGUAUUCCACAUUUCCUUAUCAGUUUGAGGUUAUUUUUUAAAACAAAUUCUCAUGAAAACUCAUCAGUGUUUUAAUGUGAGUUUCUCCUAAUGCAGUUUUGCCUAGUACAUGGUUUUUUUUGCAAAGCGAUUUCCCCUAAUACAAUGCCUUUUUGAAUGUUAGUGAAAAUAUGCAAAAGAAAAUGCACACUUUACCUCACUGUGUACAUUUUUGUACACGUUAUGUGGCUAGAGAACUGUAUUGCAAAACUUGGAAGUGUGAAUUUUAAUGGAUGGUUAUCUCGUUUGGGAAAGUGAAGAUUGCUUGAGUUCACCUUUGAUUUAAGAGAGCUUGUCAGCUUCUGUGUAUGGAAGGGGUGUGUGUUUUUGUUUUAUUUUGUGCUGUGCCUCAAGUGGCAAAGUACCUUGGGCUGGCCAUGCUCAUUUAAGAGGGACAGAAUUACCAUGUUCAAAGUCAGACUUUUUAGCCUGUAAGGCAGGUGAUGAUGGAGCCUUCUGCCCGAGCAGCUGGAGAGCUGGUGACAGUUGGAGUAGACAAGAAUUGGCCAGGUUAACAUGGUACCUACCCAAGGAGCACGGUCUUCAUUGCAAAUGUCAGCACAGUUUCUCCUCGCUCUGUCCUGGCCUCUCCAUUGUGGAGAGGAGAGGGAGCUUAACCAACAAGCAGUUAUACCUGGAUAAGUCAAGGUUCUGGAUCUGAAGGGUUAACAAGGGCCUCUUGCCACGGAGGGUUGUGGCAGUAAAGGGAAUAGUCUUAUGGAGGGAUUACUGAUGCUACGCACCUUUGCGGUAGGGUCUAAGUGACAUGACACCAUCCUUAGACUGACAAUAUGCAUUUUGCUGGCAGGUUUAGAUCAAUUGUUUUUGGGUGAUGAUGGUCUGUGGUAUCAGUUCAUUGUGAUAAAAUAAUCCAACACAAGUAAACGGUACACACGCAUGUAAGAGUUGCAUUGAAAUUUUAUUCCAAUAAAUGUGUAUUCCAAACAACUAAAUGUUAAUUAAGUUGUAAGCGAAAACAUUUGGAAGUAACAUUCCAAGAGUUUUUGUCCUCAUACAAAACUGGCUGCCAAGGGAAGUGCCACAUUCUGCAGCCCUUUGAAGUUUUCAAGUGCAAAGCAGAUUAGCUGAAGAAACAUUUCCAUGACCUUACCGUAUUGUAC